GGCGGCAGCGACAAGGGCGGCGACGGCCGCCGCGUCGACAGCGUGCCCAUCGCGAACGGCGUCAUCCGCGCCGGCGGCGCCUGCGACGUGCGCACCUACGACCCGGCGGCCCACGAAACCUUCGCCCGGGCCAUCAAGGCCUACGACGCGCUCGUCGUCCGCGUCAACCCGGGCCAGCUCUCGCAGGCGGCCGGCCACGAGGGCCUCCAGGACAAGUUCGACGCGCUCCUCGAGGACUUUGGCGCCUGGGGGAAGCCCGUCUGGUCGUCGCCGGAGGUGCAGACGAAGAUGGGUGCCAAGGACGCGCUCGUGAAGAUCGCGAACCUCAAGUGCGGCCUCCCGGACACGUUCGCGUACUACGACGCGGCGACCUUCGAGGCCCGGUUCAAGCAGACCAUGGCCUUCCAGCCGCGCGUGCUCAAGCAGAACCGGGGGUCCGCCGGCGAGGGCAUCUGGCUCUGCUGGCUCGCGAACGCGGACCGCGACGGCGCGCUCGACGCGCGCGACUACCCCGCGAAGACGCUCGGCGCGGCGUCGCUCCCGGACGACGCGGUGUUGAAGUUGAUGGAGAUGAGCGACAACCACGUCGAGUACCACACGGUCCGCGAGUUUGUGACCUUCUGCACCGCGGGGCCGGGCGCGCGCGGCGCGGGGUCGUGGGCGUCGACGUUCCCCGGCGAGUACCUCAAGGGCGGCGUCGAGGCCGGCGGCCAGCUCGUGGACCAGCGGCUCCUGCCGCGCAUCGCCGAGGGCGAGGUGCGCGUGCUCAUGUCCGGCGACGCCUGCCAGGCCAUCAUCCACAAGAAGCCCGAAAACGGGCUCAGCGCCGUCGGCGGCAACAGCGUCUACACCUACUACGAGCCGUCGGACCCCAAGUACAAGGGGCUCCUCGACCGCCUGCUCUACGACGUCGAGCACGGCCUCAUGGAGACCCUGGGGCUCGCCGGCGAGGCGUUGCCGCUCCUCUGGACCUGCGACUACAUCCCCAAGAACCCGGAGGGCUGGGCCGGCGACGGCGACGCGCCGCCGGAGCUCACGGAGUACGUCGUCGGCGAGUUCAACUGCUCCUGCGUCGGC